GUAUCACCCAUCCCGUGCACUGAGGCGCGGUUUUGUGAAUCCCCGGCUCCUCUCGGCAUUUUCCGCUGCUCUCCGGCCAGUACACCAGCUCGGCUGAUUAGCCUGCUGCCGAUUAGCAUGCUGCUUUUCCCCAGCCCGCGCCGCUCUGUCGCCUAUUAUCUCGUGUGUUCCUCGCCGCGGCGGAUGGCACGGAUGUGGUAAACAAAUGGCAGAUGUCGAGGGACAAUUGGGCUUUCCUUCAUCGCUCCCUCAACACUCGGCGAGUCAUGGCACGGGGAGCGGCGAUGUUACGCCGGACGCCGGCGGCGGCUUCCGGAGCCCGGGAAGCGACGUCAUUGCGGGCCCGCGCCUCGUCCGAAUUGUGAAGUCCGACUCGGGCUAUGGCUUCAACGUGCGCGGCCAAGUCAGCGAAGGGGGCCAACUCCGAAGCAUCAACGGGGAGCUGUACGCUCCGCUGCAGCAUGUCAGCGCGGUCCUACCGGGGGGUGCCGCCGACAGAGCCGGCAUAUCAAAGGGGGACAGGAUCCUUCAAGUUAACGGAGUGAACGUGGAGGGCGUGACGCACAAGCAGGUCGUGGAUCUGAUCCGGGCCGGCGAUAGCGAGCUGGUUCUGGCUGUGCUCUCAGUUCCGCCGCACGAAGCGGACUGCCUGGAUCUAGGAGACGACAGCUCGGCCCAGUUCUGCUAUGACUACUCAGACAAGCAGGCCGUCCCCAUCUCUGUGCCCAGCUACAAACACACUGAGCUCAACCAGGAGAAGUUUGUGGUAUAUAAUGUCUACAUGGCAGGAAGGCAGCUGUGCGCCAAACGCUACCGGGAGUUUGUGAUUCUUCACCAAAACCUCAAGAAAGAGUUUGCCAACUUCACGUUCCCCAAGCUCCCCGGGAAAUGGCCAUUUACUCUGUCCGAGCAGCAGCUUGAUGCACGGCGUAGAGGCCUUGAGGAAUAUCUUGAGAGAGUGUGCUCUGUGAGGGUUAUUGGGGAAAGCGACCUCAUGCAAGAAUUCCUGUCUGAGUCGGAUGAGAACUAUAACGGAGUGUGGGAUGUGGAGUUGAGAAUAGCAAUGCCGGACCAGACCACACUCACUGUGCGGGUUCGCAAAAAUUCAACCACAGACCAGGUCUACCAGGCUGUCGUCAUGAAACUAGGGAUGGAUAGCGUCACGGCCAGCUACUUUGCACUGUUUGAAGUCGUCAACCACACCUUCUUACGCAAACUCGCCCCCAACGAGUUCCCCCACAAGCUGUACGUGCAGAACUACACAUCGGCAAUCCCAGGAACCUGUCUCACCCUGCGGAAGUGGCUCUUCACUACAGAGGAGGAGAGCUUGCUCAAUGACAACCAGCUUGCCGUCUGCUACUUCUUCCACCAGGCUGUGGAGGAAGUGACGAAAGGUUCCGUCAAAGUGGAGCACAAGUCCUAUCAGCUACAGAAGCUGGCAGAGCGGCAGAAGAUGUCCAUGUAUCUGAAUCUGUUGAGGGGUUUCGAAGGCUACAAUGAAAUCUUGUUUCCUCACUGCUCCUGUGACUGCAGACGCAAGGGCCAUGUCAUUGCGGCCAUCAGCAUUCAGCACUUCAAGCUGCAUGCCUGCACCGAGGAGGGGACACUCGAGAACCAAGUGAUAGCCUUUGAGUGGGGGGGGAUGCAGAGGUGGGACACAGACAAAGAGGGCAUGGCCUUUUGCUAUGAGUAUGCGCGCGGGGAGAAGAAACCACGCUGGGUGAAGAUAUUUACACCUUAUUUCAACUACAUGCAUGAAUGCUUCGAGAGAGUUUUCUGCGAGCUAAAGUGGAAGAAGGAGUUGUCCACAGGUGGAGGAGGAGGCCACAGACCAAGACAACAGGAACUGCUCCAACGACGGCAUGUGCGGCAAGAAUAUCUUCCAGCUGUUGAGGCACCGAAGGGUUGGAGGCGCCCGGCGAGAGAGAUUGUUACCUCUUGACCACACGCCAGCAUCCCCCACUCUGCUUAGCCAGGCACUUCUGUAAAAAUUCAAGAGACAUACAAGUCAGCAUUUACACUCCUCUCCACUCUACAUUCAUGCGAACAUCCGCAAAAGAACAAAGCAUAUAGUGAACUCCUGCACAAAGUCAGGAAGGACUAGAGUGAAAGGUGGACAAAGCGAGGUAAGUCAACCUCAUAGUCUAAAACCACAGUCCCUACUGGACGGAAAAAGGGAAACAUUUGACAAGGAAUCAUCAAGCAGCGGAACAUUUUGUCAAUCAUUUAAGUUGUGUAUUGUGUUUCGGAGAAGAUGGGAAGAUGUGAGCACACAGACCUCUAAAGGGGCGCCACAUCUACAGAUGUUUAAAACCUACAAAUGUGUGAGGUGACAUUUGUGAUGGUUAUAGUAAACGCUUGAAAACUUAAAAAAAAAAAAAUUAACCCCCUAGAAGCUGCUUCCUUGGGCAAUUGUCUAGCACCGCCACCAGUGCGCAUGAAUAUGCACACCCUAUACAACUGAAGCAACUGUUGGCUCACAUAAAAAUCUUAUUUUGCAUGGACUUAAAAGUUCCAUAUUACAGUAUUUUUCAUCAAUGUUAAGCAAGUAUAAGAAAUUACACAGGAUUGUAUUGUCCAAAAUGUUGUCUUGAUGCUGGAAUUUAGACAUGUUGAUAGUGCUUUAGUGUGUGUCUUUAGCCUUAAUGCUAACGCAUUGUUUGUCCACGCCUGUCUCCAAUAGCACUACUGUGCCAUUUAUUCACUUUUGACGUACACACUAACUCUGCACCUAAAGGGGAACUGCACUUUUUUGUGGAAUGUUGCCUAUUGUUCACAAUCCUUGCGAAAAACAUGUUGUUGUUUUUUUAAAUGCAUUCUAAAUAGUAAAUAAAUGCUAUCAAAGGUCUGCUUACAAUUGAGCCUGUAGGAUUUGCCCUUAAAAACAGACACCUCCAAUAAGGUUUUAUAUACAUGCUGUUAGUAGGCACAUUAUAGUAACAUUCACUUUUUUAGAAUCACUGAUUACUGCUCACUGCAGACUUCAUUAGAGCCAACAAACAUACUAAAAUGUCACUUACUGUACAGGGUCUACUGUCAUUAGGAUGCCGACUGAUAAAUGGUCAUAUAGAAGAAUGAAGAAUGACUCGUAAUCCUCGUGAAGAAACGGGGAGUGGAACCAAGCAUCUUUUUGUGUAAUUCUCUCCUUUUCAGGGUAUAAAUUGGCUGUCAAAGUGUACCAACUUGCCGGAAUAUGUCCUCAUCUUUCUACUAUCCAAGUAAGAGGCAUGAUUUAUGAUAGAGCUGGGCGAUAUGGAUCAAAACUGAUAUCGCGGUAUUUUUAGUCCAAAUACUGGUAUACGGUAUAUGCUGGUAUCUUAUAAAAACGUUGCCUCAGUGUUUUACGGCUAGUUUAGCGUACUCAGAUUAUUUUUGUUGUAAACAGUAACAUAACGUGUUGUUUAUUCUCAAAAAAUAAUUAGUUAGCCGUUAACUAUGUCAAAGCAUUUUUCGUUCAUGUUCAUCAAUGUUAGCCUCACACGUGAGCUUUUACUUGCUCACUGCGGUGAAAGCCGCUGGCUUUUAAGUUCCAAACUACUUUUCAGCCACCCAGCCGCUACACUACAGUAUCUUAUUCUAAACAGGCUAUGGGAAUAGGCACUUUUAAAAAGAGUUGUAGUUAGACAUUUGACACACCGAGCGAGCAGCAGAGAGUAGCUAUCGUUAGCUUCUGGGCUAAGUCGCUAACAGAAGUGAAGAAAAAUUAGCAGAGGAGAUUAGUGAGAGUCGCUAUAAGGAGAGCUGUAGGUUUUAAAGCAAAUUUGUGUAAGUGUAAAUAAAGCUGUAGUAAUUCACCAAUCGCCAAAUGCAGUCGCUUUCCAAAACAUUGCAUAACUCGGGAGUCGAGAAAUUGGCACCGGAUUGAGACUUUUUUUUUUUAAAGUUUGAUGCACGUUAUCAUCAGACAAGCCGCUGUAAACAUGCAAGGACGGGGGUGAACCAAAGAGAAUGCCCUGUGCUUCGCCUUUCAGGCGCAGAGAAGCGCAAACGGCCGUAACAAAGGUACAUGAAAAAUACCGGUAUGGCGGUAUGAUCUCAAAUACAAACCGCUUUCUAAAAUAAACCCGUAUUAACUAUAGUACCGCCCAGCCCUAAUUUAUGAUUUUUAAUAGUUUGACUAGCAAGAAAACAAGGAAGCAGCUCAUCAGACACUUAUUCACAAGCUCGCACCACUAUAAAUAGUUUGUCUGCGUUAGCGCUUAUGAUAACAAUAUUACUAAUACUUGGUUAAUAUUCAAGUCACAAAAUGUAAAAAGAACUUUGUUGGCUCUUUUGGGAUGUGUUUUUAUUUGGUUUUAUUGUCAAAUUCAGAGUACCUCCCUUUGCCUCUGCUGUAAGAAGACUUUUAUUUAAAAGUUAGGAAGUUAUGAAGAAUGCCUAUUUUUUUUUUUUAAAUACAUUUAUGGUCAUGUUAAAAUAAUUAUGACAACCAAAAUUCCCCAAAAAGUGCAGUUUGCAUUUAAUAAAUGUCAUAUGUCGCAUACCAAGGCUGUCUUCAAAUAGUCGAAGACUCUAUUUGGAGAAGUCUGAUAUUGAACCCCCCUGUCCCCUCAGUGGAAGGAGGGCAAGUUAAAGGGGAACUGCCCUUUUUUUGGGGAAAUUUGCUAAAUCACAAUCCCUUUGAAAUUUUCAGCAAAUACGAGGUGGCUAACAAUGCAGCUAAUUGGAGUACACUAUUCCUCUCGUAAAGCCCUCAAAAAAAUAAAAUAAACAACAAUACUCUAUUUACAUCUCAUGACCUGAAUAUUAAUCAAGUAUUAGCAAUAUGAUUACCAGCGUUUACGCAGACAAACAAACAGCGCUGUGAUCACAGAGAGCUAACUAUCUUAUGCUACUAUAUUGACAUACUAAACGCUGCAGCAGCUCUGAGUUACAAACCCUGUUUCCAUAUGAGUUGGGAAAUUGUAUUAGAUGUAAAUAUAAACGGAAUACAAUGAUUUGCAAAUCCUUGUCAACCCAUAUUUAGUUGAAUGCACUACAAAGACAAUAUAUUUGAUGUUCAAACUCAUAAACUUUAUUUUUUUUUUGCAAAUAAUAAUAAACUUAGAAUUUCAUGGCUGCAACAGGUGCCAAAGUAGUUGGGAGAGGGCAUGUUCACCACUGUGUUACAUCACCUUUUCUUUUAACAACACUCAAACGUUUGGGAACUGAGGAAACUAAUUGUUGAAGCUUUGAAAGUGGAAUUCUUUCUCAUUUUUGUUUUAUGUAGAGCUUCAGUCGUUCAACAGUCCGGGGUCUCCGCGGUCGUAUUUUACGCUUCAAAAUGCGCCACACAUUUUCGAUUGGAGACAGGUCUGAACUGCAGGCGGGCCAGGAAAGUACCCGCACUCUUUUACUACGAAACCACGCUGUUGUAACACGUGGCUUGACAUUGUCUUGCUAUAAUAAGCAGGGGCAUCCAUGAUAACGUUGCUUGGAUGACAACAUAUGUUGUUCCAAAACCUGUAUGGACCUUUCAGCAUUAAUGGUGCCUUCACAGAUGUGUAAGUUACCCAUGCCUUGGGCACUAAUACACCCCCAUACCAUCACAGAUGCUGUCUUUUACACUUUGCGCCUAUAACUAUCCGGAUGGUUAUUUUCCUCUUGUUUCUUGAGGACACCACAUCCACAGUUGUCAAAUAUAAUUUGAAAUUUGGACUCGUCAGACCACAGAACACUUUUUCACUUUGCAUCAGUCCAUAUUAUGUGAGCUCGGGCCCAGCGGCGUUCCUGGGUGUUGUUGAUAAAUGGGUUUUGCUUUGCAUAGUAGAGUUUUGACUUACACUUACAGAUGUAGCAACCAACUGUAGUUACUGACAGUGGUUUUAUGAAGUGUUCCCGAGUCCAUGUGCUAAUAUCCUUUACUCACUGAUGUCGGUUUUUCAUGCAGUACUGCCUUAGGGAUCAAAAGUCCGUAAUAUCAUCCCUUACAUGCAGUGAUUUCUCCAGAUUCUCUGAACCUUUUGAUGAUUUUACGGACCGUAGAUGGUAAAAUCCCUAAAUUCCUUGCAAUAGCUCGUUGAAAAAUGUUGUUCUAAAACUGUUCGACAAUUUGCUUACAAAUUGAUGACCCUCACCCCAUCCUUGUUUGUGAAUUACUUAGCAUUUCUUGGAAGCUGCUUUUAUACCCAAUUCUGGCACCCACCUAUUCACAAUUAGCAUGCACACCUGUGGGAUGUUCCAAAUAAGUGUUUGAUGAACAUUUCUCAACUUUAUCAGUAUUUAUUGCCAUCUUUCCCAACUUCUUUGUCAUGUGUUGCUGGCAUCAAAUUCUAAAGUUAAUAAUAAUUUGAAAAAAAAAAAUGUUUUUUCAGUUUGAACAUCAUAUAUGUUGUCUUUGUUGCAUAUUCAACUGAAUAUGGGCGGAAAAGGAUUUGCAAAUCAUUGUAUUCCAUUUAUAUUCAAAUCUAACACAAUUUCCCAACUCAUAUGAAAACAGAGUUUGUAGUACAAGUGAAUUCUACAUUUUAAAUUAUGCCUCUCACCUGGAUAGUAGAAGGAUGUGGCCAUAAACCGAGAAGUUCGUAAACUUUGACAUUCAACUUUGACGAGGAGAUGGCUAGAAAAACGCGAAAAGUCGCUCAUUUUUUGGCACUUUUAACCCUUCAUGAGGAUUAUGAUUAAUUCUUCAUCUAAAUGGGAAGAUAUAAACAUCUCAUCAGUCAGCAUUCCAGUGAGAUCAGACAUUGUACAGAAAGUGAUUCUUUUAUUAUGUUCGUAGUUUGUAUUUCUUGUUCAGCACUCAGCAAUACUGCUACAUAAUUCUUAGUGUUUGUCGUUGAAGGGAUAAGCAAAUGUGAUACGUCUGUAUAAUUAAUACCGGCCAAGCCUCCAUGGGGCCCUAAGCAAAAUUUGAUUUUAGGGCCCUCUAUUUCUGCCAAUACUAUUGAUUGUUGGUCAUUCGCACACCUACUAUAAACUCUUUGCGGCUCUGGCAGUGUUGUUUGCAUUAUCCUAUUGUCAGCCUGGCAUGUCUUUACAAAUGACAUGUCAUUUAUAAAGAUAUGGGGGUGGCCCAGUUAAGAACAUAAAUAAUACCAUUGAAUGAACGAAUUAUGUCCAGAGUGCCACAUAUGGUCCCUAAUCUUAAAAUGUAGAAAACAUUCAGCUACAAGAGUGGCCUGGGGUUGAACAGUGCAAGUGAUAAAGCGUUGUAUUUACAGGAAACGUGUCAUCUUGUCUCAUCAGUCUUGUACAUAUUAGUCUUUAAUUACUAGUUUAUAUUUUUAGUUAAUUGUUCAUAUUUAAUGUUUACUUUGUACAAAGAGAGAGCAGUCUGCUGAAGUUAAAUUCCAUGUGUGUUAAACAUAACUGGACAAUAAAGCUGAUUCUGAUUUACUUAUUAUUUUUGGUAACAAAAACCUGAAACAGCAAUGUGCAAGAAUAAUUCGUAGUGCAAGAAAAACAAUAAAGUGCAACAAUAAAAUCACUUAAAUAUAUAUAAAAAGGAACAAAUUCAAUUGUAUAAAAACCAACAUAAUUUACAAAAACCAACAUAAUUAAAUUAAAUAUCAAGCAAAUACUUAAAUAAUAUUAAUGAACAGAGUUACCAGAAACAAGGUAACAUAACGGUUUAUGAACAAAUAUAAAGUUACUACA